CUCCAUCUCCAACCUCUAUUUAUCAACCUCUGGGACACCAGCCACCGCAGUCUCUCUCUUUUUAUUUAAUUUAGGUGACGCGUGCAUUUUUGCCCAAAGGUUUACCAGCACAUCGCAUUAUUCCUCCCUCGAUCGCACGCCCUUUUCACGUUUCAAACUCUUUCCCUUCUUCCAUAUUUCAUCCUCAUAUAUACAUCAUGAGCGAAUCAGAGGCCGUACAGAACCCUACCGAGGCUGUUGCUCCUGUCGAGGAACAAGUUGCGGUUGAGCAGCCUGAGGUGGCUGAGGUGGCCGACGUGGCCGAGACUGAGAAGAAAGAUGGCGCCAACAUUCUGAAGACGACGGCCAAAAUUGACCGUGAAAACCUACAAAACAAUCGCAAGUUCGAUGCCUCUGCUCGCAAGGUGACUGAUGAUCCCGAGGAGAUCAGAAAACAGGUUGAGUUUUACUUUGGAGACUGGAACUUCCCUCAAGACAAGUUCAUGUGGGAGUCUUGCGGAGGCGCAGAGAACAAGCCCAUGCCGAUCGAAAAGAUUCACUCGUUCAAGCGUAUGCGGGUCUUCCAGCCUUACAGUGCCGUCGUUGCCGCCCUCAAGGAGAGCAAAUUCCUCGAGGUCUCUGGAGAGGAAGGCAAGGAGGUGGUCAAGCGCAAGGUUCCAUACAAGCCCGUCCCCGCCUCCAAGGCCAAGGCCGAGGCUGCCACCGUCUACGUCAAGGGAUUUGGAGACGAGCAGCCCGAUACCCAGUUUGAGCUCGAGAGCUUCUUUACCCAAUUCGGUGAAGUCAAUGGCCUGAAGCUUCGCCGCACCAACGAAAAUCUCUUCAAGGGCUCCGUCUUUGUCACCUUUGUUGAUGAGGAGACGGCCAAGAAGUUCAUUGCCUUGGAUCCUGCCCCUAAGUGGAAGGACCACGACCUUAAGAUUAUGUCUAAGCACGACUACUGCGAGGAGAAGAGUGAUCUCAUCAAGCAAGGAAAGCUGGUACCCAGCGCGACGACACAGAAAAAGUUUUACGAGGGCCGUGAUUUCGGCAAGAAGAACACUCGCUCUGGUGAUCAAGAUGAUUGGAAGAAGCGACGCGACAACGACCAGAAGAGCGGCUUCCGAGGCGGUCGUGGAGGUCGUGGCCGUGGCCGUGGUGGACGAGGUCGGGGCGGCCGUGAUGGUGGACGUCGCGACCGCGACUCAAACAAACAAGAGAAACCCGUGGAUGCUGCCGCAACUAACCUGAAGAGACCCCGUGAGGACGACGCCGCUGCGGCACCGGCUGCCAAGAAGGUUGAUACCAAGGACGAGUGAAUACACUGUCAAGAGUAGACAGAUUAUCAACUCGUUAUCAUUUUCUCAGGCCAGAGGUGUUGGACAACACUUGGCUUGAGUGUAUAAGCAUUAUUCAUAAGACCGGCCAUCCAAACAAGUUGUCCUUAUCUGCAUUUGGCUCCGGUCUGCCCAAAACCAACAAUGUAUGGGUUUAAUAUUGGGGAAAUAUUCCAGUUUGUUCCGGGUAUCGGGUAUUUAUCGAUUGCAUGGGCACAUUUUCCCGCCGACAGAGUGGGCUUUUGACUGAGAUAACUAGUCAAUCCAUAGCAGC